UAACUAACUACUCCGUUUUUGAGGUUAAGUUGUCUAAUGUGAAACAAAAAUUGAUUGAUUUGGUCCAAUUGCCACACAUUUCGUCACUUUUAACAAUUACGUCUCGAAGUUAAUUCAUUUCAGAUAAAUUGAAAUGCCAACUUUGGAAUAUUCUGAAGGGUUUUUUGCAAGUUUGACACCUACUUUAAAGAAUGUCCACAAUUGUAAAGAGUGUCCAUACUUUACAAAAUCCUUUUUUGUUAUGGUAAAUCACGCCAGACGUCACAGUUCGCCAUUACACCAUUUCAAUUGUGAAAGUACCUCCCUUGAAACCUAUUAUUGCAAAGACUGCAAUUUUCAAACUGAACUAACACUGUGUUUUAAACAACACCUUCAACAGCGUCAUCUCAUUAAGAGAGAAAACGAAGAAAAUGCGUUAAUUGGAGAAUACACCAUCCGAAAGUGGCAUCAGCAUAUCAGAGAAUGUAUUCAAAACCAAAAAAGUCCAGAAGUUAUAACUUCUAUUCAUAACACUGGAAAUGAUAUAGUCAUGUAUCAAUGUGAUGAUUGUGAAUUCAAAUGUGAGUACAAGCAUAGAUUAAAGCAACACAAAAUUUUAACCCACCUCAGUGAUGAGAGAAUGUUUAGCUAUCACUGUACAAAGUGUUCAUAUAAAGCUAAACAGCAACAUCACCUCAAAAGUCAUAUCAUUAACCGCCAUUUAGAUGAAAAAGAAAUUAAAUGGUAUCAAUGUAAAGAGUGUUCAUAUAAAGCUAAAAAUAAAGGAUCUUUAAAAAGCCACAUAAAUGCUCGCCAUUUAGGAGAACAGGAUGUUAAAUGGUACGAAUGUCAAAAGUGUCCAUAUAAAACUAAAUUCAAUGGAGGUUUAAGUGUACACAUAAAUAAAUACCAUUUAGAUGAAAAAGAUAUUAAGUGGUAUGAAUGUGGGCAAUGUACAUACAAGUCAAAACAUAAAGGAUGUUUGAGUAGUCACGUAAUUACUCACCAUGUAGACGAACGAGAUGUCACGUGGUACGAAUGUGAAAAAUGUCCAUUCAAAAGCAAAUUUAAAUGGAAAUUAACAACUCACGAAAGCGGACAUGUAGAAACAAAGGACGUUAAAUGGUAUGAAUGCAAAAAGUGUGCAUAUAAAACUAAACAGUAUUCAAGUUUAAGUAUACAUAUAAAUGCACGCCAUUUAGAUGAAAAGGAUAUUAAAUGGUAUGAGUGCAGACAAUGUUCAUUUAAAAGUAAAUACAGAUCGUCUUUAAGAAAUCACAUGAAGGCACGUCAUUUGACUGGAGAGAAUUCCAAAUAAUUUACGAAUGAGAAGUGUCCAUUUGGUGCUAAAUGUUAAGCAUUUUAGAUGACAUCAAUAAAACGCGUACAACUCUA